AUGAUUGUUUUGACUAUCGAACUUUCAUUCAAAAAACAUUUCAGCUCCAACCACAUUAUUAAUUAAGAUUUAGAUUUUUGUUUUGGAGGUUUAAUAUUUAGAAAUAAUUAUAGAAUACACAAUUGGGCUGGAUAUCGAUUUAAAGUUUAUAUAGAUAAUAUUUAAAAGCAUAAUUAAUAAUAUUAUCAUAAUUAAAUUUUAAAUAAUCUUUGUGGAAACCCAUCUUAUUAUUAUGAAACUUUUCAACUGGAUUUAUAUGCUUAUCAUUAUAGCCCAACUGUUUAAAUAUUAAUAUCAGGUGAAUAAGUUUGGGGAAUUUCAGAUAUUUAAUUAUUCAUAGAAAAAUGCCCAAUAGGUUGCCAUUCUUGUAACUAGAAUGGAUGUUACAAUUAAAUAUUAUAUAUAGAAUAUUUUACGGCUAGAUAAUUGAAUGUUAAUAUAAAUGAUGGAUGGUCAUCUGGCGAUGUGGGAUUCUAAGAUGGUUUGGUGAAUGCUGGAGGUAUUGUUACAAUUUAUUCUAGAUUUUUAAUUUUAUAGAUUACUCCAUUGGUCCUAAAGUAAAAAAAUAUAUCUAACACCUCAUGAUGCUGUUAGUAUUUAAUUUAAAAUAAUAACUUUAAAUUAUUAUCAUUAAUUUGAAAUAUUAAUUGAUGAUGUCUUAGUAAUUGAUUUAAAUACAGCAAAGUAAGUAUCUCUACCCUAGGUUAAUUCCUACAAUUAUUAUUAAGACUUAAUCACUAGUCAAAUCAAUAUUCAUGAAUAUAUGCAUAACUUAAAUUUGAUUACUUUAACAAUUAGAUUGAAAACUAAUUAAUAAUAUGUAACAGAUUAUUAUUCUUAUUUUGGAAUUAGAGAUAUUUAAUUAUUUCUUAAAACAUAUGAUAAUUGUUUUGAUAAUAAUAUAUAACCAUUUGAUGGAUGCUUUGCUAAAAUUUAUGACUGUGUUAUAGGUUGUUCAAAUUGUGUAAGAGGUGAAUGUUUGAAAUGUUAAGAAGGAUGGCAAUAUAAGAUAUAGAAUAAGAAUUGUAUACCGAUAUGUGAUGAUUCAAUAAUUAAUUAUUUUGAAGAAUGUGAUGAUGGUAACACAUAUCAAUAUGAUGGAUGUUAUUAAUGUAAAUAUUCUUGUCCUUUGGAUUGUAGUGAAUGUUAAUUUGGUAAAUGCAUAUAAUGUUCAUUAAAAUACGAAUUAAUAAAUGGUAAAUGUUAAUAUAUUUGUAAUGGUUAUGAGAAUUAGGAAGAUUAAGAAAAUAGAAAUUGUUUUAAUAGAAUAAAUAAUUUGAUUGAGAAUGGUCAUUACUAACAUAAUCUAUUUAAUAAUGAAAAUUCUAAAUAUACUUUAGUCAGUAGUUUAACAUGUAAUCUAUAAGAUUUUGGAAUUUUUGGAUAUUUUUAUAAUUAAUGCAUAAUACCAGCAAUACAACAUUGUAAAAUCAGUUUUAUUAAUAAAUGUCUAUAAUGUGAAGAAAAUUAUUAAUUAGAAAAUAAUAAAUUGAAAUGUAUUACUAUUUGUAAUGAUGGAAUUGUAAUAGAAUUAGAAUAAGAAUAAUGUGAUGAUUUAAACAAUAUAUAGUUUGAUGGAUGUUAUAAAUGCUAAUAUAGUUGCUAAUUGGAAUGUUUAAAUUGUGUUAAAAAUAAAUGUUAUUAAUGUUUUGAUGGUUGGAAGCUUAUUGAUUAUAGUUGUUAUCAAUAUUGUGGAGAUGGUUAAGUAGCUGUAUCUUCAAUCGAACAAUGUGAUGAUGGAAAUUAUGAUAGUGGAGAUGGAUGUUUUGAAUGCAAAUAUCAAUGUAUUUAAUAUUGUAACACUUGUAUAGAUAAAAAUACAUGUUAUAUUUGUGAAAAAUACUACGAAUUAUAUAAUAAUUAAUGUAGACCAAUAUGUGGAGAUGAACAUAUUGUUAUUGGAUUAGAAGAAUGUGAAGAUGGAAAUGAUAUUCCUUAUGAUGGUUGUUUUAAUUGUUAAUUUUAGUGUGAAGAAGGAUGUUAAACUUGCACUUUUGGAAUAUGUUUAGAGUGCAUUAAAGGAUAUACAAAUAUAAAGGAUAAAUGUGAAGUUGAAAAUUACACUCAUAAUUUUGAUGAAGAGGAAUAAGAAGUGUCGAAUAAAUGUGGAGAUGCUAUUUAUACUGAUAAUGAAAAAUGUGAUGAUGGUAAUGAAUUUGAUGGAGAUGGUUGUUCUAGUUUAUGUCUAAUUGAACCAAACUGGUUUUGUAAUAAUUAUCCUAGAUAAUCAAGUUUUUGUUCAUAUAAUACUGCUUUUAAAUUGUAAUAUCUUAAUUAAACUUAAUAAAUUUAAUACAUUUAAUUAUCAUUUACUAAUAAAGUUAAAUUAAAUGA